AUGGAUCAGCAUCUCCACACGGCCCAGCAGCCCCUAUGCUUGGGGACUCCACAGGAGGAUGUUUUUGCAGGACCCUCAGUAGAGUCUGACAUGAUAGAAUCAUCUCUUCAUAGCAUCCAGAAAUUUGUUCCUACAGACUAUGCCAGCUACACACAAGAGCAUUAUCACUUCGCAGGCAAGAAGAUCAUCAUUCAAGAAUCCAUUGAGAACUAUGGCACAGUGGUGUGGCCAGGGGCUACAGCUUUGUGUCAAUAUUUAGAAGACCAUACAGAAGAAUUAAAUCUCGAAGAUGCUAAAAUACUUGAAAUUGGUGCUGGACCAGGCCUUGUUUCCAUUGUGUCCAGUCUUUUAGGAGCUCAAGUCACAGCAACAGACCUGCCUGAUGUUCUAGGAAAUCUUCAAUACAAUAUUUCAAAAAACACACUAGAAUGCACAGCCCAUCUACCUGAAGUGAAAGAACUGGUAUGGGGGGAAGACCUGGACCAGAAAUUCCCUAAGUCGUCCUUUUAUUAUGACUAUGUCCUGGCUUCUGAUGUUGUCUACCACCACUACUUCCUGGAUAAGCUGCUUGCUACCAUGGUGUACCUUUCCCAGCCAGGCACUGUGGUGCUUUGGGCAAACAAAUUCAGAUUUAGUACUGAUUAUGAAUUUUUAGAUAAGUUCAAGCAAGCUUUUGAUACCACUCUCUUGGCUGAACAUUCAGAGUCAUCAGUCAAGCUCUUUAAAGGAAUAUUAAAAUGGGACUGA